GUCCCUGGAGCUGGGAAGGAGACACCUGAGGCUCCCUGUAUGGAGACCCCCACAGGGCUGCCCGCCCUGGAUGUGGACAAAGCCGUGGCCACGGCCUUCGUGGUGCUGCUGGGGCUCUUCCUCCUCGCCAUGACCGUGCGCUGUGCCCGGCUCGUGGUGGAUCCCUACAGCGCCAUUCCCACCUCCACCUGGGAGGAGGAACCCAUCAACUGACCCCCAAAACCCCCCGGGUCCCCCAGACCCCUCAGGGAGCCCCACCAGAGCCCCCAG